GGACCCCACUACUCGAACUGAAGAUCGGAUCGAGGUUUCAAAGUCCCUGACGAGGAGCAACAGUGCGUCAGUACGUUUCUUUCGUUACUGAAGACAGCGAGGAUGAAGACAUUACUCUCCGUCGUUUUCGCGGUGCUCUGCAUCCAGUCGGUGUUUGGCGUAGAUCCUCACGAGCAUAGUAAAGUGGUUUGUUAUUGGAACAGUACCGCCUACGAGAGGCAAGGUCAAGCACAAUUCCAACUUGAAGACGUUAGAAAUGCUUUGUCUCUUUGCACUCAUCUGAUCUAUGGAUAUGCUCACAUCAAUUCUGAUUAUGAGAUUGUUCCUGGCUCGCCAAAUUUGGAUACCGGAUCGGGCCACUCUUACUACCGACUUGCUACGCAACUGAAGCGAUCGUUUCCCGAUUUGAAGAUCUAUCUGAGCGUGGGAGGAAACUCCGAUCCUUACGACGAGGAACAUAAAUAUCUUGUGUUGACCGAAACUUCGGAAGGCAGGACAAAGUUCAUCAACUCCGUGAGUCGCCUGUUGAAUGAUUACGACUUCGAUGGAAUCGAUUUGGCGUGGCAAUUCCCUCCAAUCAAGGUCAAGAAGCAGCGUAGCGCUCUUGGUUCCUUCUGGCAAGGUCUCAAGAAAAGGUUGGGCUAUGGAAAAUUCAAGGACGAGAAAGAGCAGGAGCAUCGCGACGGUUUCACCAUUCUGGUCCGUGAUCUGAAGACGCAACUUAGACCGAGAUUCAAAUCUCUGACCGUCACAGUGUUGCCUCACAUUAACUCCAGUGUGUAUUACGAUGCCAGAUUAUUAUCGCCCAACGUCGAUGCUGUGCAUCUGUUCGCCUUUGAUCAGAAAACACCGGAACGCAACGCGAAGGAAGCCGAUUUCCCUGCGCCAGUUUACGGCAGCUACGGACGUGGGGUGGACGAAAAUAUUGAUGCUGCAACCAGAUACUGGUUGGAGAACGGUACUCCCGGUACUAAAGUUGUCGUCGGUAUCCCCACAUAUGCUCGUACGUGGAAAUUGACAGAUGAAAGUCAGAUUUCCGGUGUACCGCCCAUCGUGACUGACGGUCCGGGUGCCCCAGGACCUCACACCAACGAACCGGGAUUGUUAUCGUAUGCAGAGGUGUGCACCAAAUUGACCGAGCACGCGGUUGGACGACUUCGACGCGUCAGUGACCCGUCGAAGAAAUACGGCAGUUACGCUUAUCAGUCCUACAACGCCGACACUGGGGCGGAGGGAAUCUGGGCGGGUUACGAGGAUCCAGAUACCGCCGGCAACAAGGCUGCGUUCGUGAAAUCGAAGGGACUCGGCGGUGUAGCGAUCGUCGAUUUGUCCUUAGAUGAUUUCCGUGGUAUUUGCACCGGAGACAAGUAUCCUAUCGUCAGAGGAGCUAAAUACAAGCUGUAAAGAUGAGCGAAAAUCGAUCGGAUAGUCGAAUUUUGUAUUAAUAUUCGAAUGAAAGAAUUUUGUUUGUUUUAAUAAGUAUCUCGUACGAUAGUCGCUGAAAGCUGUAUUUUUAUGUAUUGUCCGAUGAAUAAACUGUCGAGGUUUUUCAUGAAAUUGAGAGAGAACUUUUAACGAGAAAAUUUUAAUGAAGUUGUAAUGCUGUUUCGUAUGCAUUAUCCGUGAUGAUAAUUUUUAAUCCCCAAUUAUUUUCGAGAGAUAAGCUUACUCUGUAAAGAAUAAGUGCUUUAAAAUAAAGUUAAUCUAAAUAUU